AUUUUGUUUUUCCUAAAAAUUUUCCUUAUUUUCAUUAAUAAUUUGACAUUUUUUUCUAUAGUUUUAUUCUCUCUCUCUUUUCACUCUUUCUCUUUAGUGUUUGGAUUUGGGAUUGAAAUUGCAAUGAUUUCAAAUCAGUAAAAUAUCAAUCAAUCAGUCUGUUUUUGUUUUCAUUCACAUUUUGACGUUAGUUUGGAUGCAUAGAUAGAACAAACAAACAAAAAGCAAACAAUAAUAAUAUGAUGAUGUUAGAAAAGCAAUCAUCGAAUAAUAAAUCAUUGGCAAUCAAUAAUAAUGAAAAGUUUGCGAAAAAUCAUACAUCAAAAAGUGCUCAUUUGGUAGCGGAAAUUCGUCAACGUUUUUUCGAAAAUGAAUGGCCAAAAAAUAAAGAAUUAUAUAGUGAACAAGAUGUUGAGCGUAUGCGAAAUUCCGAUUGGUUUGUCAAACGAUACUUGUUGCAAAGUCGUAGAAAUGUUGAUAAUGCUUAUAAUUUAUUAGUAUCAGCAUUACGUUGGAGAUGUGAAAUUAAUUUUCCUAACUUGGAAGCAAGAUAUUUUCCAAGAGAAUUUUUUGAAAUCGGUGGAUUAUUUUCUUAUGAACCUGAUCGACAAGGUAAUCCAGUUAUCUAUCUACGUAUUCGAAUGCAUAAGAAAAUUAAAGAUUUGGAACAAUUUGUCAAAUUAUUUUUAUUUUUCACUAUUAAUCGUGUUGAUUUGGAAAGUGGUGAAAAUGGUUGCACAAUUGUUUUCGAUUGUAAUGGUGCAGGUUAUUCUAAUAUGGAUCUUGAUCUUUUGAAAAGUCUUAUUGAUGUUGCAUUCAAAUUUUUUCCCUAUUGCAUACGAAUGGUCAUUGUUCAUGAACUAUCAUGGAUGCUAAACGCUUUUCGUAAGAUUGCUAUGACAUUUAUUCCAUCGGCAUUGGCUUCAAUUGUUCGAUUUACUAAUAAGAAUGAUAUAAAUCAAUAUAUUGCACCGGAAAAUUUACCCGAUUUUAUGGGCGGUACAUGUGAACGUGAUUAUCGUGCUGUUCCAGAUAAUUGUCGUACAAUAGAAGAAGCAUGUUUAGAAGUAGGUAUAUCAUCCGAAAAAGCUCAACAACUUCUCAAUCAAUUUGAACCAUUUUUACGGGAAAGUCGUGAAGCAAUUAAAGCUCGACAAAAUUCUCAAACAAAAAUGAUUGAAUCAAAUAAUUCUAUCAUUAAAUCGACCAUCCAUAAAAUUUCGAGUGAUACUAAUUUUGUUAAUGAACAAAACAAGGAAACAACAACAACAAAUAAUGAUGAAGUCAUGGCUAUAAGUCCAACAGAAACACCGACAACAACAACAACAACAUCAUCAUCAUUAACAUCUAAACAGAUUGCAUUAGUUCAUUCGCCUGAAUCUAAAUCAUUUACACAUAUAGCUACAAUUUAUCCACAGAAUAUAAUCAACUUCAAACGACAUUCUUUAUUAUUGAAUACUAAAGAUUUCGACCCAGAAAAGGAAAAUGAUUUUAAUCAAAAUAUGGUAAAAAUAGUUAAGGCCACAAAUAGAAAUAUGACUACAGCUACAACUAUGACGACAGCGACAACAACAACAGGCACAAUAAUGGUUCGUAAUAAUCAUCAGAAUAGAUCGCUUGCAUUCAAAAUUCAAUCAAACUGUUCAUACAGAUAUACGGUGACGCCCAAUUUAGGCGUACUUCUACCAGGAGCAUUUAUAGCUAUACGAAUUGUACGUAAUGAUGAUGAUGAUGAUGAUGAUGAUAAACGAAAUGAUACGGAUGAUAUUGGCAAAAAUCCAGACCUAAUUAAUCAGUUGAAUAAAAUUCAGGACAAAUUCCUUAUUUUAAUGUCUUCAACAAUGUUGAAUGCACAAAUGCACUUGAAAAAUAUGAACGAAUUUGAUAAGCUAUUUAUCAAAGGUAUCGAUGAUCACCAAAUUUAUAUACAUAAACUUUUGGUUAAAUUUGAUAACGAUAAUAAUAAUGAUGAUGAUGAUGAAUUGUCUGUGAAUAAUCACAAACGCAAUAUGAUGCGGAAUUAUCGUUUGAAAAAACCAAAAAUGGAAACAUUUAUAGAUGAAAUGAAAAUAUUGCGACAAAAAUGUCGAAAACUUGAACAACGACAAUCACGAACAAAUAUUUUAUUGACCAUUAUGAUGAUUCUGACGGUCAUUGCAUUAAUAUGGUUUAUUAGUUUAUCUCCUAUGUUUAGAUACCAAUAAUUAGAUUUGAUCAAAUAUAUGAUGAUCAAACAGAAUCACUGACCGACUGUGAUUAAUCAUUAUCGAUGUUUGUUGAAUGUUUAUUUUUAAUUUAUAUGUUUUUUUCAUGUUAUUUGUUAUUUGUUUGUAACUGAACUGCAAUAAAAUUUAUUAAACCAA